AUGUCAGAACCCACCGACAUCAAAGGCCGCGACCCCAAGGCGCCGCGAAAGCCGUUCCCGCAGCGCUACACCGACGAGCCCGACAUCGCGGGCUCGUCCUCGUCCGCCGUCCCGCUGCUCGACCACUACGAGGAUAAUGCGAGGGCGGACGACGACGACGAGGAGCUGCCUGGCUAUGACGACCUGGGCGGCGACUACGGUGGUGUUGCUCAGGCCGUGAAUGGUGCUGGCGCUGCUGCUGCUGCUGGUGGGGAUGGUAAUGUUGGUGGUGGUGCUGGUGGUGCUGGUGGGGACGGUGACAUUGACGAUGCCCCGCCAGGCUUUGAGGAUUAUCGCCCGGUGGUGAAGAAGAUAAGGACAAAGCUUGGCAUGGGAGAUACGCUGCUCGUGUCCCACGACAAACACCUCAACACUGAUGGCGAGGCGCUUUAUAGAUGGCUCUUGCAAGAGAGCCGUAAUCCACCCAGACCGGAAAUCCACAUACAAGGAUCCCAUUCGGUCAGCAAGCGGAAUGGCGACAAGACCGAGACGUCCACGGUGACUGAUUUUAACUUGAAGAUAAAUCUGCGCUACCGUCUCGAGAAAGCCUAUUCAAACGGAGGAAUCCUUCCUCCGCUGAAAACAGUCCAUCCGACAAAGAAAACAAGUCGUGGUGGAAGAUGGAAGACAGUGGCUGCCGACCUGGAGGAAGCAAGAACGGUUCGUAGCUGGGCCGACCAAUACUGUGAGGAUAAAUCAACACUGAAAGAGUUCAUCAUGAAGAAGUCUUGUGUGGGCUGGGAUCUGGAAUGGCUGGAAAGCAAUAUCGAGGCCGUGAUUCGCGCAACAAACUAUCGCGGCUGUAUCGACGUAGACUUCCCAGUGUUCGAGUCUCGUGUAGAAGUUUUCCCUGCCAACCGUAUUUCGUUUAUGCGCAAGAACGAGUGGUGGAGAUGGUUUUUCUACGUGACCUUUCUCUGGACGUUCUCAUGGCCCUACCUGUGGUGCUUUACCAAGCGAUACCAUGUAGCGGAGACGGUGUGGAAUUAUGUCUAUGUUCGCCCGGGCAGCCGAGUACCGCCUACCACUGAGGCUGACUGGCUCAACUUGGGUUGGGGUGAGGCGAUCAAGCGCGCCGCAAAGGCCAGACGGAAAGGUAAAGUAACCCGUCACGACCUCGAGGAGGUCUUGAACCGGGCCGCGGCCGGUUCGCAGGGAGAAAUGGUGAGAACCCCAAAGACUGGAAAUCCCACGGUUGAUAGUGCCUUGGGAUUUAUCGCGGGUGUGGGAGCUAUUGCCAAUGAUAUGCGGUUAUCAACAAGUGAGAUUAUUGGUUGGGGCGCCGACGAAAGCUGGGAGUAA